GGUGGCCCUGCGCCCCCCCUCUGGGCUCCGCGCCCGGGCUGCAGGCACCAGCCGGGUGGAGCCCGAACAGCACUUCCAUCAGCAGCCUGCCACCGUCGGAUCAGCCGCUGCCAGUGCCGCUGCCCUCGAUGGUCGCCCCGCAACUGCAGGGCGUGUCGCUCUUCGGGCCGCCGCCGGGCGCGGGCGUGCCUGCGGCAGGCGCCUGGGGACCGCACUCGCCUCCGCCAGGCGGCGGGCCGUGCGGCGGCCCGCCGAGGCCCCUGGGCGUGGCUCCGGGGCCGGCUGGCGUGCCAGGGCCGAGGCCUCCGAUGCAGCCGUUCUUCGGGAUUCCGUUCCCGCAGAGGGGCCAGCCGCCGCAGUUCACGUUCCACCGCACGGACGUACCACCUCCACACAUGGCAAGCAUGAUGCCGCCUCCAGGCAGCGGCUGCAAGCACCCUCCAAACCCGCAGCAUGUGGGCCUCCUGAACGCGGGCGGGGCUUAGGUCCUGUGCGUUCAGCCACCGAAGGGGAAAGCGUUCAUCCCUCUUCCCCUCACCUUCCUCCUCCUCCUCCUCCUCCUCCUCCUCCUCCUC